CUGUAAGAACCAAUCACGGCGUCGUCCCUUCGACAGAUCCAAUCUAGCACCAACCGAAUAGCCGAGACUGCCUUCUGUAACCGUACGAAGAAAUGGCUGCGUCCGUAUGCCGAGUGGGGAGCACUGUGGGUCGAGCCCUUGCCAAAACCCACAGACCCAUCCUGCUGUCCUUGAGGCGUGGACAGGCCUCAGUAAGCUAUGCCCAGAGUCUGUUAGGAGCCCCUGAAACCCGUCUUACUACACUGGACAAUGGUUUGAGGGUUGCGUCUGAGGAGACUGGACAUGCUACAUGCACUGUUGGACUGUGGAUCAGUGCAGGCAGUCGCUACGAGAGUGAGAAGAAUAAUGGAGCAGGCUUUUUCCUGGAGCACAUGGCUUUCAAGGGAACCAAGAAGCACCCACAAACAGCCCUUGAGCAGCAGGUGGAGUCUAUGGGUGCUCACUUGAGCGCCUACACCUCCCGGGAGCACACUGCAUACUAUAUGAAGACCCUGACCAAAGACCUGCCUAAAGCUGUUGAGCUGCUGUCAGAAGUCGUGCAGAGCUGCUCCCUUAACGAGGCUGAAAUCGAGCAGCAGCGGCUGGUUGGUUUGGCCAAGUCUCACUUCAGUGGAGUGUCUUUUGAGUACGAGGGAGAUGCUGUCCCUGUGUUGUCACCCUGCCGGUUUACUGGCAGUGAGGUCCGUAUGCGUGACGAUGCUUUUCCCUUGGCACACAUUGCCAUCGCCGUGGAGGGUGCUAGUGCUGCUAGUCCAGACAUCGUGCCUCUUAUGGUGGCCAACGCCAUCAUCGGCAGCUAUGACCUUACCUACGGUGGUGGAAAGCACCUGAGCAGCCGCCUGGCUCGCCUGGCGGUGGAGGAUAACCUCUGUCACAGCUUCCAGGCCUUCCACUCCUCUUACAGCGACACUGGCCUGCUGGGCAUUUACUUUGUGGCCGAUAAGAACAACAUCGACGACAUGAUGCACUGGUCCCAGAAUGCCUGGAUGAAUCUGUGCACCACAGUGACAGAGAGUGAUGUCGCCAGAGGCAGGAAUGCUCUGAAGGCUAGCCUGGUUGGACAGCUCAAUGGAACAACACCAAUCUGUGACGACAUUGGCAGACACAUUUUGAACUACGGCCGGCGUAUUCCUAUAGCAGAGUGGGAUGCUCGGAUUGAUGCUGUGACCCCCAAGAUGGUGCGUGACAUCUGCUACAAAUAUAUUUACGAUAAGUGUCCUGCUGUGGCUGCUGUCGGCCCCGUUGAGCAGUUACCGGACUACAACAGAAUGCGCAGUGCCAUGUACUGGCUGAGGUUCUAAGAUGAUUAGUUAUGAUGUGUCUCUUCUUCCUCACCCUUACUUCACCUUCCUCCCCUUAUCUCUGCGAGAGUAAACAGUGGAUUGUCCACAUGUUGGUGUGUCAGCAAAGGCAGCCAUCCAACCUCUGCUUCCCGUUUUUGUCCAACCAGCUCAUUAACAGUAGCCAUCAGGGGGCAGCCAAUCUGCAUAUUUUGUCUUUAAAUUGCGUUCUGGUUACAUGUUGAUUGUACUGCUCACCUUAUACUGAUUUAUAAAGGGAACAGAGGGCUGACUUGAACAUUGAAUAAUUAUCAGUGUGACAUAAUAUGGUCAGUACUGAAUAUCACCAGAUGGAGCAAGAGUAUAUUUAUAAUUUCUGUAACAUUUGUUUCUGUCCACUAUUGUACAUAACAGAAGCUCUCAUUCCAACAAAAAUUAAAAAAAACUGUAAAAUAUU